AUGAUGUAUAACAAAAUAUUGAUCAAAUCGAUUGAUAAACAACUAUAUGGAGCUAUCCCAGAAACUCCUGUGACUGCCACUGCGCCACAAGCACCAUGGCGAAAUGAAAUGGAUAAGACAUGA